UGUACUUGUAAACGUUUCACUUGCGUGCAAAAUGGAAGCAAUAUUAAUGAGUUUUCUUUUGGUCGUAUUAGUUGUGUCAAGUGCAUUUUCUUGUGGACCAGAUGGAAUAUGCUUGUGUGAGGCUUAUAAUCAGAUGGAUUGUUCCAAAACAAAGUUACCGAUGUCAGAAGUAUGUGGAUUUAUAAGAAACUCAUCUAUUUUCAAUGUUUCAGUCCUGCGUUUGGAGCUGAACGAUUAUCAAAUGAUAAAAGAGUUUGACUUGGGAGGAUGUGAUGAAUUGAAUGAGUUGUAUCUGGGACAAAAUGAAAUAAGCUCUAUAGAAAACGGUUCGUUUGCCAGAUUUGAUCGUCUUGAGCUACUUGAUAUAAACAACAACAGUUUGGCUAUAUAUGAUGGAACAGUUAAACAAGGUUUUAAAUUUCCGGUAACAACAAAGACUCUUAAGCUGAAUGGUAAUUCGAAAGCAGAUACAAGUGGACAAGCCUCAUAUCCGGAUUUAUCUUAUUUAAGUAACCUUGAAGUUCUGUACAUGGAUGGUCUGAAGAACAAAAUGCUUCCAGAGUCCUAUCGCAUGAUUAAGACAUUACAAAAUCUAGUUCUUUCUGGAUUGAACGGAAACUGUAAUAUCUCUGUAAUUACAAACUCUACAUUGCAAAAUCUUCCUCAUGUGAGAACUUUGAAUAUGUCUUCUUGUAACAUAGAAAAUAUAUAUGCCGGGGCAUUUAAAGGCAUGCAAUAUUUAGAAAUAUUAGAUUUAUCUAAGAAUUUACGCCUUGGAUUUCGCAUGUUGGAAAAUAUUUCAUAUAGCUUACAGUUUACUAGAAUCAAAUCGUUAAACUACUCUAAAGUUUAUAAUACGUUUGGUAUGGGAACUCAGUUGAAACUUCGAGAUGCUUGUUACCUUUGGAAUACAACAUUGAAUGAACUUGUUUUAAACAGUAACCGGAUUCAGUUAGCUCAAACAAAUUCGUUGAUUCUUGUUCCAAGAAGUUUAAAAAUCCUCCGCGUAGAAGACAAUAAAUUUACGUUUGCACCUUAUCUCUUACAAUUGGCGUGUAUGGUUAAUUUGGAGGAAGUGUAUGCUAACGAUCAAAAUAGCGCUCAUAAUCCUCUUUUGUAUGAAAAGGAACCCAUUGAAAACUACAGCGAAACUAUGAAAGACGAUUCUUAUUGUCCGUAUAUGCAGGCUGAGUUCUUGCGAAAUAUAAGCAAAAACACUGAAUCUUGUCCUUAUUUUAAAAAUAACGAUUUACAUGGGUUAAAAAUCUACCCAUAUUUUCCAAAGAACUUAAAAAUAGUGGAAUAUGCUCGUAGUAAUUUGAAAUAUAAUAUCACAAAAUUUCUAGUUUUGCCAAUGUCAAACGCGAUUGAAUAUUUGGAUUUUUCUGACAAUAUCCUUUAUGCAUUGACAGGGCCUAUAGGACCAUUUCCAAAAAUGAAAUAUCUGUAUUUAUCUCGAAAUUAUUGUUCACAUAUUGGAGUUGGGUUUUUUGACAACUUUAAAGGUCUUGGAUUAGUUUUUUCAAAUGAGCACUAUGGUCCCGUGAUAUUUGAAGAGUUAGUGAAUGUCAAAGUUUUGAACUUGUCAUCAAAUAUCAUAUCGUACUUACCACCAACAGCAUUUACAAAAAUGACACAGCUAGAAACAUUAGAUUUAAGUGUGAAUGGCAUCGAAACUUGGACUAUUGAUGUAAAUACAUUAAACAAUUUGGUACAUUUAAAUCUGAAAUCUAAUUCUUUUCACGCGCUCCCUACUGUACUUACAAACAAACUGGAAUCAAACGCUAAACUGAUAGGUAAAAAGUUCACAAUUGAUCUUGCAAACAAUUCAUUCACAACAAACUGUGACGAAAAAGUGUUUUUAGAAUGGAUGGUGAAACAUAGAGAUAAUAUGCUUCACUUUAAAGAUUACACAUUCCGCAACAAAACAGGCGCGACACUUUCAGUUGAACAAUUUGUUGAAGCCGUUAAUAAACUUAAUACAGAAUGUCGCUCGUACACAGCUGUAAUUGUUUUCAGUUCAAUCGGCGUCUCAGUAUUUCUUUCAAUUGCUGUUGGAGGUAUCAUCUACAAGAACCGAUGGAAAUUAAGAUAUUUAAUGAGGAUAACUAAAAUCAGACAAUUUGGCUAUAACAGACUUUAUAAUGAUCCGAAUGAAGAGUUUACAUAUGAUGCGUUCAUAUCUUCUGCAAAUGAAAACCUACGUUUUAUACUGGACAAAAUUACUCCGCGUAUGGAGGAACAGGAAAUGAAGUUGUGUUUACAUGAUAGGGACUUUUUACCUGGAAACAAUAUUGCAGACAAUAUCCUUGAAGCGAUAAGAAACAGCAGAAAAACUGUUGUAAUUCUAUCAAAAGAAUUCUUGAAAAGCAAAUGGUGCUUAUAUGAGUUCAAUAUGGCGAGGAUGGAAAGUAUUUAUUCUCGAGGGGGUGAAAAUUGUCUUGUAGUUGUUAUGUUAGAAGAUGUCCCAACCAGAAAUAUGACCACUGAAAUGUUGCAAUGGAUAAUUUCUAAGCGGGCGGGCUUGCAAUGGAUAAAGUCCAAUACGUAUAUAGAAUACACGACAGAAGAAGGAGAACUACUUUUUUGGGAUAAUCUCACGGAAGCGUUAAGGGAAUGAUUAUAUGCUAUCAAAUAGUAUAAUAUUAUUAAUCAAGGGUUUUGAUAUUGGUCUUGUACGAGGGUUUUCGUAUUGGCCAACGGUUGUAUCAAGAUACAUAGAUAGAUCUCGCAAUGAAUGAAAUAGAUCGGUUUGCAAAUAUGGAACCAUUCCUCGAUGGCGUCGAUGCUCUUUCCCGAAACAAUGGGGCUAACGAUAUGAACUAGCUUCAAGCACACAAAACGUUAAGCUUGAUUUCGAGAUAAUAUAGCUUGGUCUUUGAAGCCCUUGCUGAGCUGACUUUUUGUGAUUUUUAAAAUGCCUUGAUUUGCAAUGCGUCGCUUUCGCUUGACUCAUUUUAUACCCUGACAUUGUUUUAUUGUAAAACCACCACGCCUAUUUUCAAGUGUUCUUUUAUGCACGGAAAAUCACCCACAAGGUAGUUCUGAACGUUCGGAUAAAAGUAGAAUUUUAUUAAACCCUAACUUUUCAAAACUCCUGCAUAUUAGAUAGCACUUAGAAGAUAACUUAGAAGAUUCGGCAAAUAAAAAAGAAAGGGUCGUGUGAUUGUUUUCUUGCUAGGCUGAUUUGAAAAGAACAGACAUAAUGAAAGUUUUCAUUUUGGGAGUGUUUGGGAAAAUCACAAUUUUGAUAAGGAUUUUACCAUGUAAAUUUUACUGAAACUUCUCGGGUCGUAAAUCAAUUUAAUGGCUAAAGUAUGUUGAAAUACAAUGUAUAGGUUUGUUUGCUUACUUUGAGAUAUUUGCACACGAUUAAAGCAUUUUAAGUUUUCAAGUCAUCAUUUAAAAUGAUUUACCCAGUCAACAUUUUUAACAUCAUAUUCUAACAUGGCUCGAAUUGAUUUCCAGUUAAACAAAGAAGAAAAUCAAGCUCUGUAUAUUCUGCGAUAAACAACGGUUGACGCGCGAGAGCAUUAUGACUUCAAUUAUGACGUCAAAUUGCCGCAUGACGUCCGAUAUAUUACUCCUCGCGUAAAUGAAGCCCAGCAUAAUAUUUAUUAAAAUAUAUCAAUGAGCAUGUCAGAAUGAAAACAAUCAAGGCCUUCUUGUGAUUUAUCGUCUAAUUUACCACGGUUCAUCGUUCAGAUGCUUCAGUAUUUAACCACUCGGGCUAACGCCCUCGUGGUUCAAUUCCUACGCAUCUGAACUCUGAACCGUGGUAAAUCAGACGAUAAACCACUCGAAGGCCUUGAUUAUUUGUUAAAUAUAUCUUUAGAAAGGUAGUAACGUUAUCAAUUUGAUAUCUUUACAUUAUGAUCAUCAAAAUAUACAUUUUAAUUUGUCUGGGGCCGUAUUCAUAAAGCAUUUUUAGUAUAAGUAUAAGAAAUUGAUUAUUUACUUAAGUAUUACUUAGUUUAGAAAUUUAUUUUACUUAAGUAUAUUUGUUAUUCAUAAAACAACUUAAUAAGUAAUUCAUGUUUUUAAUUGUGGACCAACACAUUAAAAAAACAACAUUAAUUUCAGACAGAUACAACAUGCACAAUUAUGUUUAAAGUGCUUUUAUCUGAAAACAACACUUUAAUCGUACUCACCACGCUAUUUUAUUUUCUGACUUAAGUCAUUUCUUACGUAUCUUAAGUUUUAGCUGUUUUAUGACUAGAACUUAAGUUUUUACUUAGACUUAAGUUGAAAUCACCACAAACUUAAGUAAAAUCUUAAACUUAAGUCAAAACUUAUACUUAAGAUGCUUUAUGAAUACGGCCCCUGGUCUAUCUUUUAAUAUAAAAUGCAUUAUAAAUGUCUACUUCUAGCUGUAUAAAGUUACUUUUGUUUUCCGGUAAAAAUGUUACAAAUGUUUACAUUAUGGUUACUGAUAGGUAAUGAAUUUUUAAUGGUGGUAUGUUUAGGACAUACAUUUAUCUUUUUGAAAGAAUAAAUUAUCUUGAGCUCACGACAUCUUAUCUCGAGCGCUUGACAACUUAUCUCGUGCGCACGACAUCUUAUUUUAUUCUUAUAUUAGGGCCCUUUGUGUGUGUUUAGGUCAUCAAUAAGAACAAACGAAGAAGUAGAUAAUUAGGGUCCCGCCUAUUCAGAUGUUAUUUAAACUUCCUACAAGUACAAGUGUAUCAGCAGUGCACAUAAUUGGCCAUAUAUCUUCAAAAGUGAAAAAUUUUAAUGAUGCUUACUGCAUGUUAAAAUAACAACAAAUCGCAGUUCGACUGAUAACAUCAGUUUACACAUGGUUUGAAAAGUUAUAAAAUUGCAUGCAUACUUUAAGGGGAAACGGGGAAAUUCUUUGAUAUAUGGGCGAAUCCUACAUACUAAAACUUUAUUUUCUCAAGGACUUAAAUUCAUUCCUGAUUCAUAAUGAAAUUUUGCUGUUUAUUAGUUUGUGUUUUUAUAAUACUAACCCGUAAAACGGUUUAAAUUAUAAACGAAACAAAAGCAAAAACGGUGACCGUCGUAUAUUUUUACUAAAUGAUAUGAAUAUACACAGUGGGCCUUGCCAUAUAUAUACAAAGAAACAACAGGGUUUACAAGUGCAAUAGACCUAACUGUAACCUAUGUAAACAAAUAGAAGAAUCUAAUUCAUUUAACUUUAAUGGGAAAAUAUUUUACGUGAAUGAAAAUAUGUCCUGUGAUGUGAAAAAUGUAAUUUAUGUUAUGACGUGUAAUGGCUGCCAUGAAUAUUACAUAGGUCACACCGGAGACAAAUUAAGAACUAGAAGAACAAUUCAUUCUCAACAAAUUAGAGACCCGUCGGUAAGACAAUAACCUGUCAGUAGCCAUAUAGACUUUUGCUGUACAACAGAGCCAAAAUUUACAAUAUUCCCAUUUUAUAAAAUGAAAACUAACAGUUUAUCAGCUAGAUUAACAAAAAAAAAAAAAAAAAAAAUACUUUUUUGACUGUUUUAAACCGAAAUUAAACAUGCGGAACAUUUCACAUGAUACGGAUUAAUAAAUAACAUUGUAACGUCAUUAACUCCCCUGUUUGACGUCGAAAUUACGUCCCUUGUUUCCUUGACGUCAACGUCAUUUCUAUUGAAUUAAUUCCCUUUCUCUUAUUGUUAUAUAUUUAGACACACUGAUGAGCCAUUCACGGCGAAACUAGUUUGUGCCUUUUAUAUUAAAAUUUAAGAAAAACUAAG